AUGAUGGUAGGUGCUGGCUGUGUGCUGAGACAGGGUAUUUUUCCCGACGUAUCUAAUCGACGCACAAAUGGUAUUGCUCUCGCAGACUCUAUCAUCGAUGAGCACCUAAGGGUAUUAAGUACAAGUGCACAACAACAAACUACUGCAACAUCUGCAACUAGCUGUGAAGACUUCACAAAUAAUUAUGACGGGUACGACCUAUUCCCUUUAUACGACGAAAUGGGAGCGAAGCUUUACGACGCUGUAGAUUCCCUUCAAUCAACCUAUAAUGAAAAAAAUAAAUGUACCAAUAGUACUAUUUCAUCGACAGUCACGUACGAGGCACACGCAGCCACUAUGAAUAAGCAAAGUUAUUCGAAGAAAAAACGGUCAUAUUGUGGAGCAAUACACGGUCGUAGCACACUAUUUGUCUCAGGAUUAAAAAACACUGUGAAUAAAGAAGAUAUACGUAAACAAUUCCCAGGAUGUUCAGAUGUAACAUUUAAGCGAUAUCGCAAAACAUCACAUCUUAAAUAUGCUUUUAUCACGCAUUGUACACCUCAAGCAGCUGAAAUAAACCGUCAACGAUCUAUUAGUGUCCAUCUUUUUGGCUCACAACAUCGUAUUGAGUAUGCUGGUAAUAAUGCAUUAGUUCUUAAUAGUAACCAGAACGGCGAUCGCAAAAAAGUUGUCAUUGAACAAAUUCCCCCAGGCGUCAGUGAUCAUGCUCUUCAAAGCUUGUUUCCCGGUUGUCAAAUAAUAGAAUAUCAUCCAGCAGUUGGUAUAUUUAACACAACAUCGAUUAACAAUAGCGAUAUUUUACCAGGAAUCGAAUGGGAUUGUUGGAAUUGGAAUUGGAAUCGAAUGGAAUUGAUUGGGAUUGGGAUUAGAAUCGAACAGAAUUGGUUGGAAAUGGGAUUGGAAUUAGAAUAG